AUGACACGGUGGCAGGAUAUGGCUACGCUCAAAGGGAGAUUGGAAGUAUCACCCCUGAAGUCAUGGACAUCGGAGAACAAGGGGUCUGAUCAAAGAAGACCGUGGCAGUACUAUCAUGAUCAUCUUAGCGGAGGACUUACAAGGGCAACGCACGAGACCACCUCCAAGCUUGACUCUAGCGGAGACACAGGACCUGUCAAGGUCAAGGGAGCAGCUACAUCAACUUCACAGAGAGCGUUGGAUGGGAAUCGAAGACCUCGUCAUGUCAAGCCUAUGACUCUUUCUCAGGGAACCCUCAAGGUACGGAACCAGGCCUCGGACCGGUCGAAGAAUCAUAUUGCAGUCGGUGCUAUCACUGUCUACUUCGGGUGUCAUUGCCACUGUGUCACCGUCUGUGGAGAGAAGGUUACUGGGAACUUCAACAACCCCUCCUUUCUGUAG